CGCAUUGUGUGUGUGUCGGAAAUGGGAAAACCCUGAGCCGUGAGGUUGUCGCUGCUGGCUUCACUGGAGACUAUAGAGAGUUACACGACGGCAGAGAGAGGGAAGAACAAGCAACCCUGGAGUUUUAAGCGGAGGAGACGUUAGUUCUUGGAGUUUUUUCGCCAUGAGCUGGGGAACGGAUCUUUGGGACCAGUUCGAGAAUCUCGACAAACACACGCAGUGGGGCAUCGACUUCCUAGAGCGCUAUGCAAAGUUUGUCAAGGAGCGUCUGGAGAUCGAGCAGGCCUAUGCAAAGCAGCUACGGAGUCUGGUUAAGAAGUAUUGCCCAAAGCGCUCCAAAGACGAUGAGCCCAGGUUCACGUCUUGUCUGUCAUUCUACGCCAUCCUGAACGAGCUGAAUGACUAUGCCGGUCAGCGAGAGGUUGUUGCAGAGGAGAUGGGCCACAAAGUGUAUGGAGAGCUGAUGAGAUACUCACAAGACCUGAAGGGAGAGAGGAAACAUCAUCUUCAGGAGGGACGGAAGGCCCAACAGUAUCUGGACCAGUGCUGGAAACACAUGGACAAUAGUAAAAAGAAGUUUGAACGGGAAUGCAAAGAGGCAGAGAAAUCGCAGAUGAUGUACGAGAGGUUAGACAAUGACAUCAACGCCACAAAGUCAGAAGUUGAAAAGGCAAAGUCCCAGCUGUAUCUGAGACAACACAUGGCGGAGGAGAGCAAGAACGAGUAUGCGGCCCAGUUGCAGAACUUUAAUGGUGAACAGUGGAAACAUUUCAACCAGGCCAUCCCUCAGAUAUUCACUAAUCUUCAAAACAUGGAUGAGCGGCGAACAGUGAAACUCGGUGAGAUGUACCGGAGUUUUGCUGAGGUUGAGCGAAGAGUCGUUCCCAUCGUCUCAAAAUGCCUGGAAGGCAUGGUUACCGCUGCUAAAAAUGUGGACGAGCGAAGGUCACUGAUCCACAAAGCUACAGCAGACCUUAAGGGAUUCUGGAUUGUAGUGGAGUCGUUCAAGUCUGGUUUUGAACCCCCUGGUGAUUUCCCUUUUGAAGACUUCAGUCAGAACAUCCAGCGAACAGGGUCAGACAGUACUAUUGGGACCCCCAAAACAGAGGGAGGCAAACCAGACCCCAAACAUGCAAUCAGCAGGACCAAAAACAAACUCUGGCUCUUUGGAAAGAAACCCAAGGCGCCAACACUAGAGGAUCUUAGCCACCUUCCCCCUGAACAGAGACGCAAAAAACUACAACAGCGAAUCGAUGAGCUGAAUAAAGAACUGCAGAAAGAACAGGACCAAAGAGAUGCUCUCAACAAAAUGAAAGAUGUCUAUGAGAAGAAUCCCCAGAUGGGAGAUCCUGGAAGUCUCCAGCCCAAGAUAUCAGAGACCAUAUGCAACAUGGAGAAACUCCGCUCUGAGAUCCAUAAAAAUGAGAGCUGGUUAGCAGAAGUGGAAGGAAAGCAUGGAUCUCGGAGUGAGCGGCGGUCCAGUGCAGAUGUGAACCAUCACGCUCCGCACGGCAGAGAGAGUCCUGAAGGCAGUUACACAGAUGAUCACAGUCAGGAGCAUCGGUCUCCGCCACAGCCGGACCCUCACGAAUUUGAUGACGAGUUUGAUGACGACGAUCCUCUCCCUGCCAUCGGCCACUGCAAAGCUCUCUACUCUUUUGAUGGAUCUAAUGAAGGCACAUUAGUGAUGAACGAGAACGAGGUGUUAUACGUCAUAGAGGAGGAUAAAGGAGAUGGCUGGACACGGGUUCGGAAAAGUAGCGGAGAGGAGGGUUACGUUCCCACAUCCUACGUGGAGAUCACAAUGGAGAAAAAUAGCAAAGGUGCGGUCACCUACAUAUGACAUCACCCAUGCCUGCCAUGACAUCACACAUGAGGAGCAUGUGUCAGAUUUACCGUGACUCAUCAAGCGCAGCUCGGCUGACUGCCAUAUGAUUUUGUUCACUGUGUGAGCUCAAGGACAAACGCACACACACACACACACACACACACACACACAAUGUCUGAGGUGACUUUACCUUCUCUGCACUGCGGCACAGUGGAUCAAUCUGUAGAGGUGUAGAGAUUUUUAUGACCUUUUUUAAUAAGUGUUUUUAAUCAGUUUUUUUUCAUCAGAGCAAACCUGAACAAAACGCAUUGGGAUUUUUUUAAAUGUCUGUUGUCUGAGAGAUGAUUUGCUCAUUAUAAUAAUAAUAAUAAGAGCCUUUCACACUGCAAUCAGCUCUUAAUUGUUGAGAUUUGUCUUUUUAUGCAUGCUGAAAGUAAAGUACGUUCUACAUAGAGCUCAUUUCCUCCGUCCAGUCAUUUGCUCUGUUUGUUUUGAUGUGCUUCUGACGUUCAGUUCAUGCGGUUUCCAGUUUUUUCACCUUUCUCUGAAGUGUUGAAGGGUUAAACGGCUCCAAAAGGAAACUUCUGUCAUGUACUUACCCUGAUGUUGUUUUUCUUAGGAACACAAAUGCAGAUUUCAUCGAACGAAAACUGACAGCUUUCUGUUUUUAUUUGAAGAUCUCGACCAAAAAUGUUUGUAGAGAUGUCAGAAAAUAAGUCCAUAUGAAUCCAGCUCUCAAGUCUUUUGAAGAGACAUGAUUAAUGAUUUUUUCACAUGUAAACAUUGACCUGAAAGUAUGAACAGAAGUUAAACUAUACCUUAUUGACUCAAUAAUAAACCACAUUGGUUCUAGCUGAAAUUAAAAUGUACAAGAAUGAAUCUUAAUAGCUUCUAGACCUCAAGCAAGCAUAAGUAAGCUUCUGUUGCAUCCCUAUUUGAAUACUGAAAACAUUGUUUGCUGGUUGCCAUU